ACAAUACACACAAACACACACACUGGAUUCCGUGUCUCUUCUCUUUGAGAGGGGGGGAAGAUGAGCUCGGGGGACGUUGUUUGCACUGGAUGGCUCAUUAAAUCACCCCCCGAGAAGAAACUGAAGAGAUAUGCAUGGCGGAAGCGCUGGUUUGUGCUCCGCAGGGGCCGCAUGAGUGGGAACCCAGACGUUUUGGAGUACUACAGAAACAACCAUUCAAAGAAACCCAUUCGGAUCAUAGACCUUAACGAAUGUGAAGUGCUGAAGCAUUCAGGGUCCAACUUCAUCAAGAAAGAAUUCCAGAAUAACUUUGUCUUCAUUGUGAAAACCACCUACCGCUCCUUUUACUUGGUGGCGAAAACGGAGGAGGAAAUGCAGAUAUGGGUGCACAACAUCAGCCAGAUCUGCAACUUCGGACACUUGGAAGAUGGCACAGAUUCUGUGGAGAGCCUGUCUCACACCACCUCGUCCCUCCAGCCCUCGCCAGCCGUCUCCACCCAUACCUCACGGAUCACAGACCCCUCCUCCUCUGUAGGCAGUGCCACCACAGACGCCUCUGCUUCCGAAGAGACCAGGAGUGAGUCGGAGUCAGUCUUCCUCCCCGAUUACCUCUUCCUAUCAAACUGCGAGACGGGCAAGUUCAAUCAUAUCAGUCUUCCAUCCAGAUGUGACAGCUGGUCGAAUUCUGACAGAUCCCUGGAGCAGACCUCAUCAGAUGAUGUUUUUGUUGAUGCCUUGCAGUCUCAACCCUCCCUUCACGUACAGUCAUCCAGCAACGGCAUCGUGCACCAGGAUGGGGGCCAGCCAGUGAAUCAUGGGAUUAUACCCAGAAGCAUAGACGUUAGCGGGCCAUUCAGUGAUGUCUCCUCCUCCUCUCCACUCUUAGGGCCUCCUUUAACACCAACCUUUCAGAUUGAUAAAAGCCAAACCGCGUUGCCCUAUGGCGUAACCGAACUGGAUAUUUUGUCUAACACGCCACCACCCCGGCCACCCAAACCAACCCAUUUCUCAGACUGGAGCGGGGAGGAGCUAUCCAACGGGGCUCUUCAGAAUGGACAUGGCGGGAUCUGCAGGACUCAGAUUGCCUUGGUGCCGAGAAGAAUCUCCUUGUCCAGUUUGGAUAACGUGCGGCACUGGAAAGCCAACAUGGAAGGAAGCUCUCUCAGAAGUCGAGAUAAGAGGCUUAGUUUGAAUUUGCCGUGUCGAUUCACCCCGCUCUACUCUUCAGCAUCGGACAAUACGGAGGACAGCUAUGUACCCAUGCACCCCACCACCUCUCCACCCAUCCCAGGACCAGAUUGCUCACCCGAUGGCUACACUCCCAUGAGCCCAAGCUCAGCGACCUUUACCUUUCCUGUAGUCACCAAUGACAAACUCUCCAGCCCACUGCCAGAACUUCCCACAGACCUGGAACCACCUCCAGUGAAUCGAGAUCUCAAGCCCCGUAGGAAAUCACGACCCCCUCCGCUGGAUCUGAGAAAUCUCUCCACAAUCCGGGAACACGCUACCUUGACCAGGAUGUGGACUGUGCCUUACAAUCGAACGAGCUUUAUCUCUCCAGAUAGAGACGGUAUUAAUUCAGCAAGAAUAUUUGCCAAUUCAGUUUCCGGAGAAGAGGAAGAAAGUUACAUUCAAAUGGAGCACAGCCAGGCAACAUCUCCAUGCAGUGGUGCUUUCCCAUGGUCAAGGAAGUCCAACCUUGAUUACUUAGCAUUGGAUUUUAAUUCCGCUUCCCCAUCCCCUGUACAGAAGAAACCUUUUCUCUCGGAAGAGCAGAGAGUAGACUAUGUCCAGGUAGAUGAACAGAAGACUCAAGCCCUACAGAACACUAAACAGGAAUGGACAGAUGUGAGGCAAUCUAAAGUUUAAAGGAGGAAGGUUUGGGGU